CGCUAUGGCGGGGUCGCCAUGGCAACAGCGGCGGCCGCGCCUCCGCCCGCCUCAAGCCGCCGGCAGCGAGCGGCCCGCGGCGGCUCCGCGCAACUUCGGCGCUGCCCCGGCGGAGGAGGAAGAAGGGGAAGAGGAGGAAAAAGAAGAGGAAGAGGAGGAAGAAGGGGAAGAAGAAGAAGAGGGGACGCUGCCGCGCCCGGCGGGACGGAGGUGGAGCAGCCCGCUCUUUCCGCGGCUCACAGCGGGGCUGGGGUCGCCACGCGUUCGCUGCCUAAUCCGUCCCCGAUGCGGGAUGAAGUUUGCCGUGCCAGCUCCGAGGGCUUGACUUCGCGCCGCGCCCUCCUCCUGGCACCCUCCUCGCUCCGGCUGCCCACACAAGCGCUGCUGCAAAAGCUUGUUCCUGGUGAAGACACGCAGGGCGCUAUGUCGCUGGCAUCCUGGUUCCGCUGGAAUGAGCCCCCCAGCCGGAUUUCCCAGAGGAACCCCACCGAGAUGGUGGUCGAGACGCUGAUGAUGGAGCUGAGCUGGCAGAUGAAGCAGGCGGAGAAGCAGCAGCGGGAGCGGGAGAACGAGUAUCGCAAGAUCAAGACUGGGGUGGACUACGGCUGGCUGGUCAGCUAUCCAAAGCAGAGCUAUGAUAUCAGCCCGGGAGAAAGGCUGCAGCUGGAGGAUAUGUGCACCAAAAUACACCCUUCCUACUGUGGGCCUGUCAUACUCAGAUUCCGGCAGCUCAUUGCUGAAUACGAGCCAGAAGUGCAGGAAGUAUCCCGGCUCUUCCGCUCCGUCCUGCAGGAAGUGGCUGAGAAGAUCAAAGAGGAGGAAGAGGCCAAGAAGCUCGCCAGGCAAUGGAACACAAAGAACAAAACCAGCCUCUCCUUAACAACGUUUAAAUCCCGGUCCAGGAUUUCCCCGUUCAUCAGCGACAUCAAGACCAUCUCUGAAGACGUGGAACGGGGCACCCAGCCCACCAGGAGGGUCUGGAGCAUGCCCGAAUUUCGGAAUGCCAAGGAUUACUGACUCUGUACUGAACAAGGUUUUUAAACGGCGAUCUUUCAAAAUCCCAGUUAACCCUUUUUUAGCUCUACCAUUUUUCUCUGUUCCAGCUCUCUUCCCGUCUGUCUCUCUCAGAAGCUGUGACCAUAGCAACUGCUGCUGACUCCCGCGGUGUGUGGCAAUUUAUUACUAAACCUGCUAGCCUUUCCUUUAAUUUAGUAGUAUUUGGUAACCUUACGGGCAAGGCUCACUUACUGUCUCAUUUUUAUUUCUGCUUCCUUGUGGAAAAUGAAUUUGUUUUGUGCUGUCUCUCUGCUCCCUCUCCCCCAGCCUGGAUGUAGUUCCCUGCUGGAGCCGUUGGCCCGAGCUGGUGAGCGCUGCGGGCUGGAGCAAUCCUGCUGAAGGCAGGAAGGGCACUUACGUGAACGAGUAAGGCUUGUAGGACCAGGCCUGUAGGUUUGGGACAGUAGAACUGAACUUCCUUUUCCAGCUAACAACUCUCCUCAGUGCUACAGCAGACUUCACAGGUAGAACCCAGCACUGCUCUUGAUCAGCUUUUUGCUGACAAUUAGCAAUGCAGCCCGAGCAGAAACAGAGCCAGGCUUUUUGAGAUGGGAGACCAGCUUGUGCUGGCUUGUGCACGCUCAGGUUUCUUGGGUGUUUUCUCCCUUGUGCAGGCAGAACCCCUGAACCGUGCACCUGCGGAGCAGACAGAAGCACAGCACACAGGUGGGUACCUCAGCGCUGGGUCAGAAGCUGUUCCUGCCCCUCGGUGUGCUAUGUCGCUGAGUAGGUGCUCUGUCCUGCACCCCAGUAACAAGUCACGGGGCUGAGAUUAAUGGUUAUGGCUAAAUCUGGAAGAGUACUCAAGUAUGAGAUCAAUGAAGGGUGAAGGGAAUCAGCAGUCAUCCUGAGCACUCUUAGUUCA